AUGGGGCAAACGGUAGGACGUAUGCCUGACACAUGGGACUGUUUAUUGGAGGAAAAAGAUCGUGUUUUGUAUUGGAGCGGCGAGGUUCUAUCGAGGGUGGCUGACAACGUAAAUCAAGAAGAAUCACUGUUGAUUGAUUAUGGACACGAGAGGAUCGACGAAAAAGUCGACUCGUGGAUUGAAUCGAGUCGCGCGCGAAUCGACAGAAUUUUCAGUAAACAUCCAAAUCUGUCGGAUGGAUACAAAGCUCGAGUAAUAAACGAACUGGAACAAAUCAAAGAAGAAUUAAGAAUAAAAAUGAUAAACGAUUACUGUCACGGCUACAAGGAUCUCCAGAGGUUCACGAGAAGAGUGGACCGAUUAGGAGAACGACAACGUAAGGUACAUGAGAAAAUUCAAGAACUUCAAAGUGUUUGCGAUGGAAACGUGAAAAAGUUUCAGAAAAAGUUCGGACCACUGCGAGCGAAAACGUUCAAAAACCUUACAAUAGGUGAAAAGAUGAUUUUUCAAGAUAAGAGACUAAAAAGACAAUUUGCUAAACAGGUGUAUAAUAUUGAUCACAAAAACGUGGAAGAAUGUGCUAAAUGUGUUGAUAAGUUAAUAAAAACCAUCGAAAAAGCUUCGCUUAAAUAG